GUCAUUCUUCUGAGGAUUUCGCUUAUUCUGAUCGCAGAAAUUACAUUCGUUUAGAUGCAAGAUGUGAUUUAUGUGCUAAAGAACACUUUAUCCAAGAAUUUAAAACUUGGUCUAAAAAUGGAAUAAAAUGGAAUUGGAAUUUUAUCCAACAAGAUUGGGAAUAUGAUUUAAUAGGUCAUAAAGUUGCUUUGAAAGAAAUAAAAGAUUCUAGAUUUGAUAUGGUUGAAUUUCUUAAAAUGAUGAAGACCACCAAUAAAUAUGAACGUGGACCUAUUGCUUAUUAUUAUGGAAUUUCAAAAAAUCCUUCUACACAAAACUAUAUUACAGUUAUGGAUUUAUUUGACGAUAACUUACAUAAUUUUUUAACCGAAACAUUUUGGGAUUUAAGUUUGAAAACAAAAUUAGACAUAUUAUUUUCAAUAGUAUUUGAUCUUAAUAGCUUAAAUGAAAAAAAUUUAAUUCAUUGUAACCUUCAUAGUGGAAAUAAUUUGAUAAACUAUAAUUUCGAUCUUAGCGAUUCUGACAUGGGAAUAGAUUUAAGUUCAUUUGAUUUGUUUUGUGAAGUAUCAGAAAAACUUGGUUAUAAUAUAGUGGAUGAUAAUGCUAUGCGACAACUUAAAAUCGCUGAUGAAAAUCAAAAAAAUACAUCAAAAUCUCAAAAGCAAGAAUUACUUGAAUUAUUUUCACAUUCAAAUAAGUUACAUCCACAAUCAUGUUAUAUAAGUCGAUAUAUUCAUACUCUUCAUGGAUUGCAUGAUUUAUUGGAAGAAAUAAAAUCUGGAAAAUCUACAGAAAGCGGAAAUUUAAAGCAAGCAGAAAAAUGGCAUUCAACCUUAAAUUGGGUUUUGAUCCCAAAAAAAAUUAAAGAAUGA